AUGUCAAAAGAUCAAAAGAGAGAGACGAGAGGUGGGAAUACUUUUUCUGUGCAAAAUUCUCUAAUAAUUCUAAAAACAAAUGAGAAUCUAGUAUUUAAUUUGAAUACUUGUUUGCACUGCCGAGGCCGAUAUAAAUUAAACUGAACGACUUAUUUUAUAUAGGAAUAAUAUUCAAAUUCCAUCGAUAACUUUGUUCAAAGUUCAAGUUCAUGAUGCUAAAAUUAAGGUUACUCCCGCAAGUAACCUCUGUACUAAGACGCACAAUGUCCACCCAGGAACCAGAUGUGAUAUUCGAAACGCUCAAUAACGCUGGCAUCAUUACAUUGAACAGGCCUAAAGUUUUGAACUCUCUAAAUACAUCGAUGGUUACAAAAUUACUUCCACAGCUGCAGGAGAUGGAAAGUAGUAAAAGGCUAGUCAUUAUCAAGGGGGCAGGAGAUAAGGCCUUCUGCGCUGGGGGGGAUGUUAAGGCAGCUAUUGAUAAAGUGGAAGGCCGUAUUUUCUUCCAUACAGAGUAUAAUGUUAACUAUCUCAUAGGUAAAUACAAAAUCCCAUACAUAGCAUUUAUAAAUGGGAUAACAAUGGGAGGAGGCUUGGGUCUCUCAGUGCAUGGAAGGUACCGGGUGGCGACAGAAAAGACAAUGAUAGCCAUGCCCGAGACUAAGAUUGGAUUGUUCCCUGAUGUCGGUGGAUCUUACUUCUUGCCGAGGUUGCAGGUUAACUUGGGACUUUAUUUGGGAUUAACAGGUGAUAGAUUAAAAGGCAAGGACGUAGUUAAAGCUGGCAUAGCAACUCAUUUCGUAUCAAGCAAGAGGUUGUAUGAAUUAGAGAAACUGUUAUCAAGGUGCACCAGUGAAAUAGAAGUUGAUAAUUUACUGAACAAAUUCAAUGAGCCGCCCGAGGAAUUCUCUCUUGCACCUAACAUCAAACACAUAAACUACUGCUUUGCUGCUUCCACUGUUGAAGAGAUCAUUGAGAGGCUGGAGAAAGUGCAGAAUGAUUGGUCGGUUAAAACUCUAGAGACACUCCAUCAGAUGUGCCCCGGCUCGCUGAAGAUCACGAUGCGAGCGUUACAGCGCGGCGCACAGCUGGACCUGCCGCAGUGUCUCCGCAUGGAGUACCGCGUCGCGUGUCGGGCCAUUGAGAACCACGACUUUCCCGAAGGCGUCCGAGCUUUACUUAUCGACAAGGACAACAAACCUCAAUGGAAUCCCAAGACUUUAGCCGAAGUGGACGACGAUUAUGUAGAAAGUUACUUCAAGAAACUCCCGCAGGAUAGAGAGCUCCAGUUCUUCGACGCUAAGCUUUGAGUGAAACGAAUCUUAUGAGUUAUGACCUCAUAUUAUAUUAUGUUGUAAUAUCUAGUAUAAAAUUGCUUUAUCACCCUUCCUCUGUUACAAAAACGGAGCUCUACACCUGUGAUUAAAGGCCGAUUCACACCAAUUGCGUACACGUGACACGUGCGUAGUGACGCGCGUAAACCCCUAACACACGGGUGACGCAUACGUCCACGCUUUACGCAAGCGGUGUGCCAUGUUUCAUACAGUUCCAUACAUUACAACGCAAUGGUAUGCGCUACGUCUACGCUUACGCAGCCUGUGUGAACGAGCUAUAAAUGUAAUGCCUUCUUAGGAAAGUUAAAUGCUUGUUAGUGCAGCUUACAAGACCUACAAACAUACAUGUACAAAAGUGUAUUGAUUUACUGAAAGUUUCUCAGAAAUGAUAAAGCAAUUUUAUGGUUGACUACCUAUUCAAUUAUUAUGACUUUCAGUCAUACAAAAGAAUCAAUUAUGUAUCCAGCUUAAGAUGUUGCUAUGUAAUAUUUUUAUAUGUAAAAUUUUGAAGACUUAAAGCAUUUAUAAAAGUGAUGAAAAUUUUAGGACAGUAAUAUUGGAAAUAUUGCUUAAAUGUAUCAUAGUAAAAAGUAAGUAUAAUAUAUAUUUGAAAUUCGUGAACAAACAAAACAUGUAGGAAGGAAAGUAGAGACUUAGGGUGAGAUCUAUAGAGCGUACUUUGAUUUUGUUCAGCUUAAGACAGAGUUGAAACGAGACAGAUAUAUCUCUCACAUAAAUCUGUCUCGUUUUAACUCAAUUUCGAUUCGAUUCCCGGCAGGAGCAAUUUGGGGAUUUUUAAGUCCGAGCAAAUCAAAGCAUGCUCUUAUAGACCUCAGCCUAUAGCAUGAAACAAUUUAUCUGAUACAGGGUGUGUGAGGCAUUUACUUAAAAAAUAAUUACUUAGUUAUUUUAAAAAAGAUCGAAAUAUACACGAAAUAUUUUUAAUAAGACCCAUUGCAUUAUUACAAGACAUAUUCUGCCAAGGUCGGUGCUGACGUGAAGGGUCCCGCAUUUUAGGGUUCCGUGUAAUGUUGCUAAUCCGGAUGGGAAUAUAUUAUUGUUAUACCUAAUUAUUACAUCAGUCAUUUUUUAGACUUGCAUAUUUUGAUAUUUUUAUUGCAUGCGUGCCUAAAAAAUAUAAUACCUACUACAAUUUUUUAUAAUUAAUGUUAGUAAAAUAGGUACAUAGAGUAAAUACACAGACAUAAAGAAAAAGGUAGACGGAGGUGGCGACCAAACUAUUCAUAAUUUUAAGACUAGCGCUUAUAACGCCAGCGCAUAUAAGGUCCACUUUGUUUUUAAGUUCUACAUUAUGUACUAUCGAUUUUUAUUUCACAAAUUUUUCACUCUUCAGAGUUAUGUGCGUUAAGUAUAGUCAAGUAUACUCCGUAGAGUACUACGAAGUAGAGUUUUCCGUACUACUUGGUCACCCAAAAUGGUUGACACUUAUUUUUGUCUUUGUCAUUUGUAUGGUAUUACGUAACAGAGAAAACCCUACACUUACUUCUCCCUGAAUAGAUUAUACCCACCUGACUCGUACAUGUAUAAAUUCGUAUUUUAUCUCGACAAUGUUGAUUGAUUUCCAAUUUCGAAACACUAUAAAAUUGACCUAAAAGUUGAUUGACUUUCAGGUCAAUUUAGUCAUUUAUUCAGUAGUGUCUGCUUGGGGUGCUGGCUGUAUAUGUAUUGGCGACAAACUCGAAAUCUACUCGAUCUCGAUAUCGAGAUGUACGAAUUCAUACUAAGGGUGCUACCGAUUACCAGAUACCGAUAUUUCUCCAUACCUGGUACGAGACGAGCUUUUGUUUUUGAAAAUUAAAUUCACUAUAGAGACUAUUAAACCUUCUGUCUCAUUUAUUGGUGUCCCGUUUAGUCUACAUUUCUCUUUAAGUCUGUGGCUAAAUGUUAAGUGUAAAAAAUAAAAACAUAUUUUAUAUUCUUUGUACCGUUUUUGUACCUUUAUUUGUAAUCAUAAAACUACUUUUAUAAGAAAUAAGUGCCUAAGUGGAGUUAUGUUAUGUAGUAAAAAGACUGUUCACAGAUUUAAAUGAAUAAAGACCCUAACUACA